AUGCAAUACGUGGAUCCGCCUGCACAACAGAUGAUGAAUGUAAUGAGUAGUUACGGUUGCGGCUACGGGCGAAGCGAUGCUUUGUCACCAGCAUCGGACAUGUCGUCCUGCAGCAGCGCUUCAUCGAAUACUUGGUGUGGGAAUACAUGGCGAGAAUUUCCGCCUUAUCCGCAAUACCCUGCCUAUUGGCCGCCGAGUACUACCACAGAGGAUGCUAGAGAACUACAGCGAAGAUGUGCAAAAUGUCGUUGUCCUAACUGCCUUACAGAAGCAGCUGGUUUUGGACCUAACUACGGAAAAGAUGGUGCGAAACGUGAGCAUGUUUGCCACGUUCCUGGGUGUGGAAAAGUAUACGGAAAGACAUCUCAUCUAAAAGCUCAUCUCCGCUGGCAUACCGGAGAACGCCCAUUUGUUUGUAAUUGGCUUUUUUGCGGUAAACGGUUUACCCGCUCCGACGAAUUACAGCGACACUUACGCACUCAUACUGGUGAAAAACGGUUUGCAUGUCAAUUGUGUACAAAACGUUUUAUGCGUUCCGAUCACCUUGCCAAACAUGUAAAAACUCAUGCGAAUGUAUCGAGAAAAUCAAAGAAAACAAAAGACGAUGAUAAAGCCGAAUCCCCAAAAACGAAUGAAGACAAAAGCGAGCAGUCGAAAACGUCAAAUGAGAUCAUUAUUCCACCCGCACCUCCUGCGUCGAUUGAAAGCACCAAUUACGGAACUGUUCCAGUUACUAACGCGGAACCGAAGCAAAUGCUGACUUAUGCAACAGUGGCUCCUCACGUUAUGCACAACACUCCAACUGCCUACAACGGUAGUUCUAUGUUCGGUAGUGGUAGUGUUAUGUAUGGAAAUGGCUGGUGUCCGGAGGUACGUCAAGAUGCGCUCUACCCUCGACCACAAACGAGGGAUCCCCGGUUUUAUCAACAGUACACGCCUCUUGCAGCAUAUCAGUGCGCCUCCAAGGAUAGCUACACAGUGUUUCAAGGACAUUAUAACUUACAACCUCCUGUAGCUAUUGGACAGUAA